GGGAGAGUGGAAAAUGGGCUGGUCAUGAUUGAUUUAGACCACUUGUAAUUAAUUGCCUGAGACUGGAGACCUUGGUGCAUGGAUCAAAAUCAGGAAUCUGUUAUUAGGAAAGAAGGGAUGGAAUACAUUUCUGGAUGAACAAUGAACAAAGCUUGCCACAAGUGGUUUGUAUUCAACAAUAAAGCCCAUUGUCUGCUAGCACUCACUCCGGACAGCCAUUGCUCUUUCACACUAUGUGCCAUUGAUUUUAUGUGACAUCCAAAAACGUUGUUUGAUAAAGUAAUUUUGCCAGGAGCUUGCUCUGCUUUUCCUCAGUAGCCUACGACUCAGUUUACAAGUCAUGGUUUGAACUGUGUUAGUUUCCACUGUAAAGUAGACAACUUGAAUGAUGCCUCUCUGGGUUUGACCUUUUCUCUGUCUUUAGUGACAAAAUGUAUCCUUACUACACUGGACAUUUUACCCAUAUUAGCGAAAGACUUGAUUGGUUUUCUAUCUAGCUUACAGGAUCUGAUGUGAAGAGGAUGCGAAAAGUUUCAGUGGGCUUCCUGCCACUAUUUGACAAAGUUUCAUAAGAGAUGAUCCCUCUGGGGCUAAAGGAGAUGAUUACCAACUAACAAAAUUCCAUUUUCAGGGCCAACAGGGAUGCCAUCCGAUGGAACUGGAGCACAAUGUCCAGGCCCAGCUCCUGCAAGAGGAAAUUCAUUUCUGUACCAUCUACGGAGAUCUGCAGUGAACCAGGGCCCUAGAUUCAUUCAGGAGCGGAGUGGGCGGGAUCUUAAUGAAUCCAGUGAAUCUCUGCCCUCCCACGUGGAGUUGAUAGAUAUGACGUGAGAUAAUUUACUUACUGGAAAACACAAGUAUACAAAGGGCCACAAUAGUAACAUCUGUGAUGGUUUAAAAACACGGCUGCAGAUUCUUUCACACUUAUCAAAAGAAGGAAUGUAAUACCUCUCGCCUCUAAUAUGGGCCGGUUUUAAUGACCUGUCGAGCAAAUUGUCGAAGAAGGGAUACUGUACGAUUUCCAAGAUACUGGAGAUACAAAAAUAAGCAAAGAAGGAGUGGUUGGCAUGGAGAUGAUAUUCCAGUGGAGGAAGACUUGGCUGUGGAGAUGGCACUUUCCAAAGACGAUCACAUAGAACGUUACCUCUUCCUCAUCAAAAGAGAUAAAAAGACGCAGGACAGAGAACAACAGUUGUCCUGGAGGAACAUUGUGACAAGACCUACCUGGCCAGCUGUAAGAACAAAGGAUUAUCACAUGCCUUCCAGGGUCUGGCCAGCACCAAGAAGUCUGCAAUAACCAGCCACACUCCAUCUGCUUUUAGUAUAAAAGGACUCUUGAGUUCUCACUCAGAUUACCAAACCCAAAGUGAAGUGGAGAACCAUCACUCCUUCCUAAAGGGCUCUCCUCCUGGCCUUGAGAGAACAGCAGGCCUCACAGAACCCCAGAAAGCAGGUUCAUGAGGCAUGCUUAUCUCCACUUUCCAACCAGGGAAGCAGAGGUGCAGAGAUCGUAACAGGAAAGUGAAAAGUGAAAGUGAAGUCGCUCAGUCAUGUCCGACUCUUCGCGACCCCAUGGACUACAGCCCACCAGGCUCCUCCGUCCAUGGGAUUUUCCAGGCAAGAGUACUGGAGUGGGGUGCCAUUGCCUUCUCCCCCAUUUUACAGAGGAGGAUGCAAAGGCCCAAAAAAGGGCACAGCUCAGGACCCAGAGCUGCAGUCUGACUUUGGACUCCGAGCGCUUGCUUAGUGCCCUGCACCGACUCGUGGCUCUCUUUGGGCCGCAGGUCUGGUGAAAGAUGAGCAGGAACGGGAUUCUCUCUUCUCUGACGCCCUGUGCAGUGUUCUUUCUACUGCACGACACUGGCUCUGAUGUCAGCAUCUGCAGGUGAUAAUACACUUGGAAACUUAAGAAAAGACGAAUCACAUUCAGUUCUUUGGGGAGAAAAAAAUGUCGGCAAGAUUAAUGAGAGAGAUUCAAGGUCCUGGGGAUAGGUGUUUGAUGGGUGCAUUGCCAAAGGUGAGGGUCAAGGCUGCACUCCAGGCCAAGCUCACAACUUACCCUGACUGCAUGUCCUGAGGAUUCUUCUAAAGCUUCUCUGGCAGGUGGCAGAAGCCUGUGCCGGUGGGUCAGUCUCUCCUGGAAGUCGUGGUUUCAAAAUUGCAGUGUCUGGAGCUGCACUGUCCAGGGCAGUGGUCAUGGGCCACAUGUGGCUAUGGACCACUGGAGAUGUGGCUCAUCCUAAUUGCACUGGGAUGAAAUUAUGUAGGUGGCUAUUGCUGUUGGACACUACUGGAAGGCACUGAUCUAAAGCUUUUGGUCCCUCUCAACAUACAGUGGAAGCCAGACACCCCUCGGAGCUGUCCCACAGUGCGGCCCGCUCGUCCGACUCUCUGCGAGGUUUUGGAGUCGGCCAGUGGUGGAGUGGGAGGGAGGGAGAGGUGACCUCACAGCUUUGUCUCUCUGCCGAAUGGGCACACGGAAGAGUUUUUGCAGCCUGGUGACAGGGAAACAGAAAAGUGGCCCAUUUUCUAUGUGAACCACACUUCUUACUUUGGCCAGGGUCCCUUGGUUUAAACUCCUGCUACGCUACACUUCAGCAGCCAUGAAUUCACUUCAGUUCCUCAGGCUCCAAGCUUUUUCUGGUCUUGGCCCUUUCCUUCCAUUCCUCCCCGCCUCCUCUCUCCCCACCCCUUGCUCCCCUCCUCUCCUUCCUUGGCUACCUCUUUAGAUGGCAAGUGGGUCCCACAAAGAGGUCUCCCCAGCCCUCUCAGCUGUUCUAGAUGCCCCGCCCUGUCAAUUCAGUCCUUGAUUUUGUCUUCAGAGGACUGGUCCCACUUUACCAGCACCCUGUAGAAUGUGGAGCGUGUUUGAUGUCUGUCUCCUCAUUAAACAGAGGCAUCAUGAGGGCGGGGACUGUGCUUAUCUGCUGCUGUGUCCUGGUGCCAACAUGGUCCCCUUGUAAUAGGCAAGAACAAAUCUGACUCCAUAUCAGAUCUGUUUGGCCUAACCUUUGUAUUCUCUUGCUUUUGCUUCCAGUUAAGAAUGCUGCCUAUAGCCUGAAAUACGCAAGAGAGCCAUUAUCAAGGUUCUGACCUUAAAGACAUAACACUUUGCCAUUCCUAUAGAGGUAAAAAGUUGCAGAACAGAGAGGAACAUUUGUCUGGUUGGAGGUUUACAGGAACCUUGUGUCCUGACCUGUGCGGACAGCUGCACCGUUACUUCCUGCGGCAGCCGCCGCCAGAGGGCGCCACAGUCACGAGGCCCGCUUGGAAGGGCCGCCACCGCCCACAGCCACCAGAUGAUGGAAGAGUAUCAGCGGAAGCAGUUCUGCCCGGAAAGGUCCAGAGACCUGGCAGGGCCAAGCGGAGUCAGCAGUCACCCAGCAGAUGUCACCGUCCCUCCUCUCCAGGCCGAGCCCCAGGGGCUGCACCCUGUUCUGAGUCCCCACUCGCCUCCCCCUCUUCUCAGGGAGAAGGAGCCAGUGGGGAGAGUGGAGACGGGUGUGGAGACAGACACACAGACAGACAGGCUGGCAGAAAGUAAGUGUGCCGGGCGGGAGCGAGAAGGAGAGAAAGCCUGGCAUCAGGGGAAAACGCUUGGCUUGAAAGGCUGAAAAGGAUGGUCUGAGGGAGCAUGCAGGAGAACAGGUAAUGUAUUCACUGAGCAGCCCCCUGCCCCCCACGCUCAGAAGCCUUUUGCAGGCAGACCUGAGCCAUGCGCCUCUUUUACCCUGAUGGAUGCACACCUCAAGGCCUGCUUAGCUAGGCUUCUGCCUCAACCCAAAACACACGGAAACGACCGUGACAUUGACUCACCACGUUUACCCAAAACAAGGAAAAUGGUAAAGCACAAGAGUGAGCAAGGAAUCUGCUGAAGACAUGGGCGGGGCAGGGGGGGAGGGGAGCGGAGAUCGGAUGAGAGAGGAGAGACACAGAGGUUGAAAGGUGAGGAGGAGAAGGAUGAGGUCAUGAGGCCCGCCAGGCCACUCUCCAGGGCCCUGGGGAAUAUCCAGAGGUCACCCACAUUCAGGGCAAGGGGCGAAGCCUCUGGACAAGGGGGCCAGGUCUCAAUCCUGUAACUGAAUGGAUUUUCCCCUGGAGGCCACCAUGGAAAAGCUGCCUAGUUCACUUCAAGGGUUCCUCGAAUUCAGCUGUGCACCUGGGUCACCCAUUGCCAGGGUGGUCUUUGGAGACUCCACACUGUGGGUGACCAGGGCUCAGAAGGGUUUCUGCUCAGGUAACACCUGGGCUGGGGGAACAGUCAGGCAGACCUUCAGAAAGGUGGGCAGCCGGCACACACAGCGUUCGUGAAACUGCCCAUUCUUCUCUGCGGCUAUCGGCAGCUGCUUUUCCACUGACCCUUCAUUUGCCAGGUGACUGAUUCUGAACAACACGUCUGGGGUUGCACGGGCUGAUGCUAUGUCUCAAGGAUGAUGUCAUCUGGGACCUCGCUGUGACCAAAGGGCACCCACUGCGUGCUCCCUGCUCAGUGAGUCAGAGCCAUACUCACUCAUUUCUGGUGAAACCUGUGUCCUUUCAAGGCCCGUCGCUUGGCAGCUGUUUUACAGCGAGACAGUGGAAGGUGGAAGUCAGAGGGACCCACGCUGCAGCCACGCUGCCAGAUUCCAAAUCCUGUCUGGAUUAGCCAGGAAAACAGCUUGUGCAGGAGGGACCAGAAAAUGGACAGUGUCACCAGAGUGGGGAUUGUUCAAGGAAUGAGUGACUGGAGACAGCGGCGAAGCUGUUACUGUAGUUCUAGUGGGAGAUGCUGUGGAGUCAGAUGUAUUUUGAAGGUUGAAACAAGACGUGCUAGUGGACUGGAUGUACAGGGUGCUGAUAGUUUCUGCUAAUCCCUAAGCGGAGCCACCCAGAGAACCUGCGCUUGCAUUUGUGAUGGACAGCCUGGAGCCGGAGACUUGGGAGUCAGCUCUGCCAGUAACUCCACUGUGACUUUGGCAAGCCACUUAAACACCUUCCAUCCAGUAACUCACUCUGCUGCCCGCUCAAGAAUGAGCAGCUUCUGAGAGCAGCAUGCCAGUGUGGGAAGUGGAACCCAGGGCCUGGCAGGUGAUCUGUGUGCAUAUUAAAGAGUGGAAGUGCUGGACUAAAGGAUAGUGACUCUCCCAGCAUUCCAGGACAGCAUGAUGGCUCACCUGGGAUGAAAACCCAGGCUCCAAGAGGUAGAGGCACUGAGCCUUGUAACAAGGGGGAGAAAAUCAAACCAUCAAGCAUCUUCUCAGGGCAACCCCUGGAUUUGUCUGGAAGAGCUUCAUACAUCACUUUGGUUGCCCUACUUGAGUGAUGGGAGAGCAAAGGAAACAAAGUGCUGUGCAAAAGAAGGAAUUUGUGUUGAUCCUAGGAACAAAGACAAAGGUGGGCAGAGAAAUUAGGAGGAGAAAAGAGGAGGAGUGUGCCAGAGCCUUGGAGGAAGAGCAACCUCAGUAAACUUGGAUACAUGGCAAGGGCAGACACAGGUCUACAGGGGCCCAGACCAGCUCUCUGUGAUGGCCCUGGAACUGCAGCAAGAGGCGGUCCUUUGGUCCAGGCUGUGUGGUCCUCUCCCCAGUGCCUCACCUGACUCCCUCAUCUUCAUAGUACCUCAUACACCAUUCAGCUCAUUGGAAAACUUCAGUCCACCAGGGAGCAGCAGUAGACCCACCCCUAUUUUGCCACCAACCACAGAUAGAUAAGAUAGCUGCAGAGAAGCUGUUCUCCACUGAGCUGCAGACACACACCAGUGCAGCCUCUGAGACAAAGAAAUUAGCAACACUGAAAACCUCCAGAAGGAAGGCUCUAAUUAAGUGAAGUACAGAAAAGAACAAGGAUUUGGAGAAGACAGAUGCGGUUUUUGAGUCCUGGCUCUGUUGCCUCACCCUUUGUGUAACUUCAGGUACUGGACGAAAGCUGAGAUUCAGGUGCCUCUGUGGCUGGCUUCCUCCUGCCUUGAUGGAUUACACACCUGAGCCCAAUUUGACAACAGCAACUGACUUCUACUAUCCUGACAUCUACUCGAGCCCCUGCGAUGGGGAGGGGAGAGAGAGCAAGCUGCUUCUUGCCAUCUUCUACUGCAUCCUGUUUGUAUUUGGUCUUCUGGGCAACAGCCUGGUCAUCCUAGUCCUUGUCGCCUGCAAGAAACUGAGGAGUGUCACGGACGUAUACCUCUUGAACCUGGCCCUGUCUGACCUGCUUUUUGUCUUCUCCUUCCCCUUUCAGACCCACUAUCAACUGGACCAGUGGGUAUUCGGGACCAUAAUGUGCAAGGUGGUCUCUGGCUUUUAUUACAUCGGCUUCUUCAGCAGCAUGUUCUUUAUAACCCUCAUGAGUAUGGACAGGUACCUGGCGGUUGUCCAUGCCGUAUAUGCCUUGAAAGUAAGGACAAUCAGCAUGGGCACAGCCCUGAGUCUGGUGGUGUGGCUGACUGCCCUGGUGGCCACCAGCCCGUUACUAGUGUUUUACCAAGUGGCCUCCGAAAAUGGCGUCCUGCAGUGUUACUCCUAUUACAAUCAGCAGACGCUGAAGUGGAAGAUCUUCAUCCACUUUGAAGUGAACAUCUUAGGCCUGCUGAUCCCAUUCAGCAUCCUGAUGUUCUGCUAUAUCCGCAUCCUGCACCAGCUGAAGAACUGCCAGAACCACAACAAGACCAAGGCCAUUAAGCUCGUGCUCAUCGUGGUGGUUGCCUCCCUACUUUUCUGGGUCCCUUUCAACACGGUCCUCUUCCUCACUUCCCUGCAUGACAUGCACGUCCUGGAUGGAUGUGUCAUGAGCCAGCAGCUGACCCACGCCACGCAUGUCACAGAAACCAUUUCCUUCACCCACUGCUGCGUGAACCCUAUUAUCUAUGCGUUCAUGGGUGAGAAAUUCAAGAAACACCUAUCAGAACUAUUUCGGAAGAGUUGCAGCCACACCUUCAUCUACAUAGGGAGACAGGUCUCUAGGGAGGUCUUGGAAAAAUCAUCCUCAAAUCAGCACUCCACUCGCUCCUCCACCAUAGACUACAUUCUGUGAGUCUGUGCAGGGCAGAGCAUCCCUCGGCCUCCAUCACCCACCUUCUUGAAACAGAAAUGAUUCACACUGGAGUUGGAGGCUACAUUGAAGGGAGACUCUUACAAAGCUGGCUACAGACACAAGACUUCUUUCAUGAUAUUCAGUGAAUUACUACUAUUGCAAGUCAACCCUCUCAACUUUCAAAGAAUCUGCCACUAUUUUCUAAAAAUAGUCCAUAUGUUUCAUUGUGUUAGCUAUAGGGAUUUUCCUCCCCUAGGUUUUGGAGUAUCUUUAUCAAAUACCAGCUUAAAUUUUAUCAAAUGCUUUCUCCUUAUCUAUUGAGGUGAUCAUGUAGUUUUUCUCCAUUAUUCUGUUAAUUUCGUGAACUAUGUUGAUAGGUUUUCUUAUUUUAAAUCAACUCAUGUUUUCCCUAGAAAAAAUGACCUCAUGUUUAUGAUCAUUUUAACAAUAAACAAUUGGAUUCUCUUGGGAUUUUUGUAUCUGUGUUCAUGAGAGAUACUGACUCGCAACACUUGUGACGUGGGAAGUGCCUCAGAUCUUGAACCAUGCUGGCCUUGCUCAGGACAUUGCAAGGGACACCUUGGAUUUCCUGUCCUGGAUCCUGCUCCUCACUUACAAGCUGGCCUGAGGUAGCAUCUCUGCAUGUCAAGGCAGACACGUGUAAGAUAAGGUUGAAGAUGGUGAUGAUGGUGCUUUCUGUCUUGCCUGCUCCAUAGACCUACCCGAUGUCCCACCUACAGCCUACAAAUAUCUUCGUACACAUAAAAGUUUGUUAUUACUAUAAUAAAAAUACACAGCAUAUAACAUUUUACUAGCUGUGCAGUUUUGGGCGAGGUACUUUAACUGUUCUGUGCGUCAGUGUCUUUGUUU